AUGGAGGGAGGGCUCCCAGGACACACCGCUGGCCUGCUGCACGUCACCGAGAGGAGACGUGAGUACCGGGAGCCUCUGAGCAGCGUGUCCUCCCUGGAGGUGCACUUUGACCUCCUGGACCUGACAGAGCUAACCGACAUGUCUGACCAGGAGCUGGCUGAGGUGUUCGCUGACUCUGAUGAGGAGAACCACAACGAGUCCCCAGCAGGCCACCACCAGCCACCCUUGCCCAGAGGAGGUUACAUGCGCUCCCCAUCGUGGACCCGUUGCAGCAAGGCUGAGCACCCCAGGGAGAGGAAGCACCACAGUGACUCCGACACCACCGCAGGGCCCUUAAUGAAGCUGGAGAGGCCUAAGCAGCCCUGAGAGCCUGUGGGUCUCGGAAAGAGAGAGGCCCAGAGCGGAAACACCGGGAACGGACACCGAGACCACACCAACUGCCCCAACCCCUGGUCCGGGCACUGAGACACCCAUGGUGCUGAAGACACUACAGACAGAAUGAGCUCUCGACGCUGUGCACUGUAUUAUAAACUUAACAUGAAACGAUGUCUGUGAGUGAAAUACACACAGACACACACACACAUGCAAACACACACAAAAUGACACACGGAUAUCUGCAAAAUCACACACACGUACACACAUGCUAUUUAUUGUGUUUUCCAUGCAAGGGGUUCCACUGGCACAAACACUGGAGGGCCAGUGUGCUUUUUGAGGCUUUGUUUGGGAUGAACAACAGGGUAUAAUGCUGUCCCAGUGUGGGGAGAAUGCUUGGCUAAAAGUCUCCCCAUCCCUGCAGCAUCUUAGGGGUGGGAGAGUGGGCUUGGAGGGGUGGGACGGACCCUGAAAUCUGUGACAACCUUGGCUACAAAAUAUCAUGUGGUGAAGUUAACGAGAAUACCCACUCCAGUCAAAUAAAUGACUGGAAUAUGGAUGUCAUUAUGCGAUAGUACAGCAGGCAAUCUGGAAGUCUUCUUUGUAAUUAGAAUAAGAGUCCAACCUGAAUCUAUUGCACAAUGUUCUUGCUUAAAGUGCCAGGGCCAUCUGCUCUCUGAAUGACUUUCUGCAGGCUUUCUGUAGGUUGUAACUAACAGGAGGCAAUGUGUAGUGUUUCAGUGGGGCCACUCUCCAUCGCUCUCUGAAUGACUUUCUGUAGGUUGUAACUAACAGGAGGCAAUGAGCAGUGUUUCAGUGGGGCCACUCUCCAUCGCUCUCUGAAUGACUUUCUGUAGGUUGUAACUAACAGGAGGCAAUGGGCAGUGUUUCAGUGGGGCCACUCUCCAUCGCUCUCUGAAUGACUUUCUGUAGGUUGUAACUAACAGGAGGCAAUGAGCAGUGUUUCAGUGGGGCCACUCUCCAUCGCUCUCUGAAUGACUUUCUGUAGGUUGUAACUAACAGGAGGCAAUGAGCAGUGUUUCAGUGGGGCCACUCUCCAUCGCUCUCUGAAUGACUUUCUGUAGGUUGUAACUAACAGGAGGCAAUGUGUAGUGUUUCAGUGGGGCCACUCUCCAUCGCUCUCUGAAUGACUUUCUGUAGGUUGUAACUAACAGGAGGCAAUGUGUAGUGUUUCAGUGGGGCCACUCUCCAUCGCUCUCUGAAUGACUUUCUGUAGGUUGUAACUAACAGGAGGCAAUGAGCUGUGUUUCAGUGGGGCCACUCUCCAUCGCUCUCUUUUCUUCCCAUCCUCUCCCUUCUACCUCUCUCUACCUGAGAGGAAACCAGUGUGGCCACAGUAAACUAAAUGUAUUUGCAGAUAUGAUAUGAGACACGACAGCAGCCCUUCUCACCAACAUUACAUUCAACACUCUGAAUCUUGUCCUUUGCCAAACCAAGUGAUGUUGGGAUGGGUGGUGAGAAAAAUAAAGAAUUUCUUGCAAACAAA